AACAACGCAACGGUGGUGGAGUAGAGGAGAACAAGAUUUUGGAAUAAAAGUUUUGUUGAUUGCAAAGGUUGAUUGAUUGUUCGUUCCAGUGAUCGUGAAUCGUGAUGUUAUCCAUAAUCCUAUAUAAAAUCACUAUGUGCACCAUAUUCUUGAUUUAACCUAGACAAAAAUCAAGGGCAUUUUGAUGGUAAAAACUAAAAAAUUCAAGUCAAAAACAAAGACCAAACAACCAACAAACACAAACCAAUCAACAUGAGUGAUGAAAACAGUGAGUUUAGUAGCGAAGAAAGCGAAGAUUUAGAAAAUAGCACUGCAAUAACAGAAAUAGAUAUUGAGGAACACAAACCCGGCACGAGUGCUUUCGUAUCUCAUGAAGCCUCUACACCUGUGGCGACUUCGAGUCACGGGGAGAACGCCAAACUAUCCAAAAUCGAAACCGCCUUAAUAUGUAAUAGAAUAUUGGAUGUAAAAUUGCGAAAACUUGAAGAAUUACUGCAAACUCGAUUACUCGAAUGCCGCCGGAGACUAACUGAAGUUCAAGGUGGCCAAGUCCCCGAGGCGAACGCGUCGGAGCCGCGAAAACGAAAAUUUACCUAUGCCAUCUUUGGGAAGCCAUACUUUAAAGACAGGCGAGGAUUUCCCGCCCCCGACAACGAGGACACCAUAUUGAUGAAUAAAUCUGAGAUGUUCAACUUCUCGAACACAUGCUCUGCUCCUGGAUGGACUGUGAAGGACAAGUGCGAAGUUUCCAAGCUCAUACACAAGAUGUCGAAAGAAAUUAAGAAGGAACAAUUAAGUUCACAAAUUCUAUCCUUACAACGUGAAAAUAAAAGAUUGAAAUCAACAAAAAAUAAUAGAAAAAUAUCCAUCCUCAAAAAAGAGCUCGUUGGUGUUAAUAGAGAGUCUCUCCAAACAUUAGCUCUUCCGAUAGAUGAGGAGUACGACUGGCAUCACAUCGCUAACCAGAUGAACAGCAGGCACACCGCUAAUGAAUAUAGAGCUCUAUGGAAACUUUUCCUACAUCCAUCUAUAAAUAAAAAUACUUGGUCCAAAUCGGAACACGUUUCUUUGCAAAAAAUUGCCUCCGAAAAGGAGUUGCAAGACUGGGAUGCUAUAGCUCAGGAGCUGGGCACCGGCAGAACCAGCUACCAGUGCUUUGUUUACUUCCGCACUAACAUGAACAACAACUUUACAAAACGGACUUGGACAAAAGAGGAGGAAAAUCACCUCUUGCUGUUAAUCCAAUAUCAUAGGGAGGGCAACUAUAUUCCUUGGGGCAAAGUUGCAGCCUCAAUGGAAAAUAGGACUAACAUACAGGUUUAUAACAAGUACGCUCGCCUCUUAGAAUCCAGAAAAGGCAAAUUUCUUCCUGAGGAAGAUUCUGUUAUACUAACGUGUGUCAAUAAAUUUGGGCCAAAGUACAGAAAGAUAACUGAAUAUCUCCAGGGUCGUUCCAUAACUCAGGUCCGGGAAAGACACCACCUCUUAACCAAAAGACAAUAUUCAACAGUUUGGACAAUUGAGGAAGAUAGGAGAUUAGUUCGGUUGCUAGCCAACCAAGAUGGAUCUACUAAUUUUUCAAAUGUGUCACAAUAUUUUCCAGGAAAAGAUAGAGUACACGUUAGAACUAGAUACACAACAUUAUGUAGAUGGAUGAGAAGAAAUCCUAAUGUGGACCUCAAGCAUGCACCGAGGCGUGGCCCAAGGCGUCUAGAACAGGGAAGGUCUACUGAUGAUCUCAAUAAAGCUAUAGAGAAUUUAAAAAAACGUGUAGAAGAAGAUGCUUUAGAAGGCAGAAAGGAAGCUAAGGACAUAAUUAUUAAGAAGAAAUCACAAAUAAGUAAAGACUCACCAGAAGAUGAUAUCGAUGAAGCAAUAGUAGCCCUUAUCACUAAGGAGGAGGCGAGAAAAAUAGACGCACGAAAUUUACAAGCAUCCCAAGAGGGACAAGAAAAAGAUUCUGUAAUUGAUGAAGAGAACAAGAGUUGUAAUAUUACAGUUCUUCGAAAUAUACUGAUUUUAUUGAAAGCAAAAUUGAAUAAGCAAAAGUUUAAAGAUAGUCCGUUAUGUAAUACAUACAAAGGCCUACUAGAUUGCAAACCUGGGCAGAACACAGUUAGAAUCAGCACAUAUUCUAGAAAAGAUUCAUUCAAAAAGACUGUAAUGGCAGAAAAAGUAGACAUUUGGGGAAAUACCUUAAAAAAGCCAUUGUCAUGUGUGCUUCCACCACAUUACGCAACAAUUACUGGUUGCAAACAAUUGAUGAAACAUUUUGUCAGCCCUGAAGCAGAAAUGAAAGAUUCCAAACAUAUGAAUUUCUUUAUCAAAAAUGUUAAGGUUAAGGAGGAAAUUGAUCUUCUCAUGGAACGCUUUAAUUCCUUAUUCCUCUGGCCGAUGCUUCUAUCGAGUGUAUCGCCAGAAGAUUGUAAAAUGACAAAUGCAGAAUUAACAUCAAAAACUGUCACAAAAUAUGUUGAUUGUAAAAAAGAAGACUACGGUCUUGCAUUGCCACGACCUAGAUACAAGCAAACAUAUGUUGAUCUUACGUUGCCAGCAGAAACGAUUGUGCCAUCGACAUCAAAAUCUGCCGGACAAAAUGUUGUCUCUGAUAAACCAGACUACGGUUUAGCAUUGCCACCGCCUAAAUACAAGCAAAAUAGAAACAUUGAAUAUGAAACUAUUAUAGACUUGAAGGCAUCAAAACCCGCCGACAAAAUUAAUAUUGAUGAAAGUUAUUUUGUGGAUCACUUUAUGCCAUGAAAUUUGUAACUUCAAUAGCAAGGACGGAACAGAAAUUUGAAGAUUGUUAAAACAUUAGCAGUUGCACUAUUGUUACACCUACCCCAAACCCGUAUAAUGCAUAUAUUUUCAGAACUUGCUGGCCAUACUCGCUCUGUCCCAACUGUCAUGUCAAAUGUAUGACCCUUGGCCCUAAUUUGCACGAGCGUUAAAAAAGCGUUGCGUUAAAACCCGGCGUUGCGCUGAUAAUACAAAGUGCGCGUUAAAAAG